UCUUCUCCUCUCUCUUCUCUCUCUAAUUCCCUCUUUGUUUCAUUUGCUUGAUGUGAUUCUAUUCAAGAGAGGCCGAAAGAGAAACGGAAUCUGAUUUCGGAGCUCACAAAUUCACUGGAGAAACUCGAAAUCUCAGGUACUUUGGCUGUGAUUUUAUCUCCGAAUCUCAGAUUUCUGGUCUCUCUCAAUCCAAUUGUGGCGUCAAUCUGGUGAAGUCAUAGUUAAUUUCGUGAAUCUUCCACCAUUUCUGGAUAAUAUUAGGGUUCUUAUUAGCAGGGUUUUUAGGGAUUUUGUUCUGGGUAAACUCCAAUUUCUAAGGAUAUGGUGAGAAUCGAGAAAGUAGAAUCGUUCUAUGCUAGACUUCGUGAAUCAGCUACUUCGCCGUCUUCUCAGAAUCCACUUAUGAUAUUCCCUUCAUCGUCUGAUGUCGAUUCAAUCUGUGCGCUCAAGGUCAUAACUCACAUCCUCGAAUCAGAUUCGAUUCAAUACUCGUGUUUCCCUGUAUCGUCUUUCUCGGAUAUCCAAAAAUCCACGAACGGGUCGCUGUGUUCUUCGUCGGAGAGUCCUGUGACUAUACUGUUGAUCAACUGGGGUUGUCACCGUGAUUUGAAGGUUGUGCUUAAGCUAGGUCCUGCGGCUCGUGUCUUUGUGGUGGAUAGUCACCGACCUAUUCAUUUGCAUAACCUGAGUGAACAGAAUGAGCAGGUUAUUGUUCUUCACACCGAUGAUGAUGAGAGGCAAGCAGAUCUGGCUUACGAUUUUGAUGUGUUGAAAUUAGCGAACGAGAGCUUUCAGCUACAUGUAGAAAGAGAAGAAUCUGAUGUCGAAAGUGAUGAAGAAGAAGAAGAUGAGGAGGAAGAGGAGGAUGAGGAGGAAGAAGAGAGUGAUGGUGAUAGGCCAAGUAAGAGGAGAAAAAUGGGAGAUGGUGUGAAGGUUUUUAAGAAGCUAAAGAGGGAUUAUUACAGGAUGGGGACUUUCCAUGGGAAGCCAUCUGGAUGCUUGCUGUUUGAGCUAUCACACAUGUUGAGGAAGAACACGAACGAGUUGCUUUGGCUGGCUUGUGUUUCUUUAACCGAUCAGUUUGUUCACGAGAGGUUGACUGAUGAGAGAUACCAAGCUGCGGUGAUGGAGCUUGAGCAACACAUCAACAGCUCGGGGAACAUAGACAAGCUCACUUCUGUUACUCUGAAAGACGGUACCAAGGUUAGAGCACCAGACUGCUCAAGGAUCUCUUACGAAGAAGAGCCUAGGCUUAUGCUUCUGAGGGAGUGGACGUUGUUUGACUCUAUGCUUUGUUCCUCGUACAUCGCAAUUAAAUUGAAGACAUGGAGUGACAACGGGAUCAAGAAACUCAAGCUUCUUCUAGCACGUAUGGGAUUUGCGCUUAUCGAGUGCCAGCAGAAGUUUCCUUACAUGAGCCACGAGGUGAAAAGAAAAAUGAAGCAAGAGUUUGAUCGGUUUUUGCCAGAGUACGGUCUAAACGAUUUCUACUACAGGAGUUUCUUGCGGCUUCAUGGAUACAGCUCAAGAGUCUCUGCUGCAGAUGUUGUGUACGGUAUCACAGCACUUCUUGAAUCGUUUCUCGGGUCUGGAGGCUCCUCUGCUUCGAAACAGUUUGGUGAAGCUUAUGAUGCUCUGUCUUUGAACAACUUGGAUAAGCUUCGAUCCGGGAUGCAACAAGCAAUCAAGGUUCAACGAGCGAUUCUUAGACAAGGAAGUGCAGCGAUCACCAAAACCGGAUGCAUACGAAGUGGAAGGAAAUUCAGAUGGGUGAAGAUUGAGGAUUCCAUUGAUGCUAAGUAUUUGGGGUAUCCUCAGGCGUUGACGAAGUUCUGCUACUUUCUAAUGGACGCUUUGAGAGAGAAAGGAGCUAGGAUGAAACCGAUGUUAUGCGCUUGCGUGUCUCAAGAACCAGGGAAGAUACUUGUGGUCGGAGUUUGUGGGAAGCCGAGGCUCGGUGCGGUAAGAGGCAAUGCCUUUGGUAAUGCUUUCAGAAAAGCAGCUCAAGAAAGUAGAGCUGAUUACUUUCACGAGCUAUUUGAGUCUUCAUGGAUCGUCUUAGAUGCUUCUGCGGUUAACUCUUUCAUGAUUAGAUUAACUGAGAAGCUCUGACAUAGAACUCGGUAAAUCUUUUUUUCUUAUUCGAUUCAGUGUGUUUAUUUUCUAGUUCUCAAAUUUUAUCUCACAUUGUUUGCAUCUUUACGAGCAGAAUCUGUUAUCAACCUUGUAACUUGUUUUACUUAAUCAAAUAACCAUAGUGUUAUGUUAAAAUGAU